CAAGGGUGGGCAGGCUCCUCAAGAGGACCAUGGCGAUUCAGGAUCUAGUACCAGACAGUAUACCUGGCCAGCAAGUGACAGAUCCAGCAGCGCUACAUGGUCUGCGACAGUACAUCGCCAACUUGUGUCAGGUUCAGCAUACAAGAUUCCCAGGCAGUCAGCCUGUCAGCUUCACACAAGACUCACUCGACUUGCUCGAGCAACGGGACUUUUGGGUCUGCGAGAAAUCCAAUGGCGUACGAGUCAUGGUGCUCAUUAUGAGCAAUCCCGAAACGAGUCAGGAGAUCUACCUCAUUGACCGUAACGACAAGUAUUACAUGAACACCGAGGUUUAUUUCCCCAGGCACGACAGCUUUGAGAAUCUGCAAACGGACACGCUACUCGAUGCCGAGCUCGUGAUCGAUGUAGAUCCCGAAUCUGGCCAGCAUGUGCUGCGGCUGCUGCUGUUCGAUUGUCUCGUCGUCAAUGGCGAAAACAUCAUGCACAAACCUCUCCUAUCGCGCUACGGUCGCUUACGAGAAUUCGUGGUCGCGCCCCAUCUGCACUUUCACAAAGUCAGCGGACCUCAGAUGCUAGCGCGACAGCCGUUCGAGAUCAAGUUGAAGCCGCAAGAACUAGCUUAUGGCAUCGAAGCCGUCUUCAAGAAUCAUCUACCCAAGCUGCAACACGGCAACGACGGGCUCAUUUUCACUUGUGCAGAAUCUGCAUAUACUCCAGGCACAGAUCCAUACAUACUAAAGUGGAAGCCACCAGAAGAGAACUCGAUCGACUUUAAGCUUCAGCUCCGCUUUCCUGCCAAGUUAGAUUCGCCUGAUCACGCAGACUAUACGCAGAAGCCAAUCUUUGCACUGUAUGAGUCUGGAGGCUACGAAGGCGAUCGGUUUUUUGACAUACUCGCCGUUUCGGACGAGGAAUGGUCAAGGAUGAAAUCAACAGGAGAGCAGUACGAUGGAAGAGUGGUCGAGUGUGUCUGGAAUAGCGCCGAACAGAACUGGAAGAUACUCCGAUUCAGGGAUGACAAGCGUCAAGGCAAUUUCAAGGAUAUCGUGCAAAAGAUCAUCCAGAGCAUUCAAGACGGCGUCGAAGCGCCUGCGCUCAUCGAACGCGCAUAUGCGAUUCGAAAGGCGUUCAAAGCGAGAGCGCAAGAACGUGCAAGUGGUGCUCGACCGCUGCAGGUCAUUCCUCCUGCUCCCCAACCUAUUCACGUCGCUGCGGAAGAUGCCGCAGUACCCUACUUGCCUCUUCCGAGCAUGAGUCCUUUCGUCACGAGGCCGACAGCACUCAGGCUCAAUGUAGAGUAA